CCGCCCUCUUUAGGAUCCAGGUUUGCCCUUUUUCAGAUCUUUUCACACACUUCUUACUAGCAUCCGGAUGGUGCGCUACUGAACAACAAAAAAGCACUACAACAUAUGGAAGUGGCUGGAAAAAGGGACAUCUCUUACUACCGACGUGCUCCUCUCAUUCCCUCAUAUGAGUUGUUUUGGAACAGGGCAGAGUAGCACCGGCAGCAUCUCGUCUUCCUAUCCGCCGUAGCUUCUGGGAGCACAGCGCCGCACAGUGCAGCGCUCUGCACAGCCAGUCGUGAGUCAUGACUCUAAGCUCCGAGAUGUCGGAUGCCUCCAUCCUUUCGGAAGAGACCGACAUCGAUGUGGUUGGCGAAGGGGAGGAUGGGGACAGCCAGACGCGCUCCUACGUAGACGAGGUGGCGCAGAUGCACGACGACCUCCUGGCUGGCUCCCCGCCAUGUCUGGACAGCUCCUCUUCCCGGGAUCCUUACAAACCAGCCAGUAAGAAUACCCUGGUGAAGCCCCCUUACUCCUACAUCGCCUUAAUCACCAUGUCAAUUCUUCAGAGUCCCAAGAAGCGACUCACUCUCAGCGAGAUAUGUGACUUCAUCAGUAACCGUUUCCCGUACUACCGGGAAAAGUUCCCCGCGUGGCAGAACUCUAUCCGACACAACUUGUCCCUGAAUGACUGUUUCGUUAAGAUACCGAGGGAACCUGGAAACCCCGGGAAGGGGAACUACUGGACCCUAGACCCCGAGUCCGCAGAUAUGUUCGAUAACGGCAGCUUUCUCAGACGACGGAAACGCUUCAAACGGCAGCAGCAGCAGGACUUGCUGCGGGAGCAUAAUACUUUUAUCCCCGCCUCUGCAUACGGCUAUGGACCUUACGGCUGCGGUUACGGUAUCCAGCUGCAGUCCUACCAUACACACUCUGCGCUUUUCGCGUUUCAGCAGCAGCAACAGUCCAGGCAUUCGCACACCGGGACAAUUAUCCCCGCACCGUCCUUAAUGCCUACAUCCACUGACUUGGCCAGGGGCAGGUUUUAUCCCCAGCUCAGCCCCAGUCUGGCUUCACCUAUACAGAAUGCAGCCAAGUCUAGCUCGCCUGUUCAACGCUCUCCCUUCUCCAUAGAGAGUAUAAUUGGGGGGUCGCUGAGCCCUGCACACUCUCACUGCACUUCGCGGACUUCUCCCGUUGUUCCAAUGUUAGCCUCUUCCCUCGCUCCACAGUCGCCCAACCAGCCACCAAGCGUGCACCCAGGAACUGUUUUACACACGGUGGAAAACUUUCCCAACAGAAUUGUGAACGGCACUAGUGGCUGUUAAUUUCUAUAAAAUAACUUCCAAGUUUUCAAGAAACACAAACAAAAUCGCUCCCUCUUUGAAGGUAGGAUUAUUUUUCUAUGUUUUUUUUGGUAGGGUAACACGCAGCUGAAUGAUGGACAUUAAUCACUUCGUGCCUAUUCAUGCUGUAAAAAUAUAUUUAUGUUAAUAACAUUUUAGUGUCAAUCUAACUUUCUCUCCACGAACUGUUUCGUUGUUUAUGAAUUGAUUCGUUUAAAUCAGUGUUUAUGGCGUCUCAGGAUAUCGACUUAAUGAAACAGGUUAUAAAUGAUCACAUGUCUAAAACAAUGUAUUGUGUCAAACAAACCCAUGUUCUUUUUAGUUUGACAAAUUGAAACAAUUUUACUAUUUCGAUUUGUGAUUUGUAUUGAAAAGACACAUGGAUGAAAGUAAUUGAUUUAUAUGCAGUGUGUUCUUAUUUCAGUAAUAAAAUAUUGUACAUUCUUUGGCAAGUAUUGUAUAACCGGAGUGUGAUAUU